AUGUUGCACAUCAUCCGGCUUUGUUCGACCGACCAGCAGUCAUUCUUUCCCAAUGCCUCCACAUUUGAGGCGCCCACACCAAACCCUCAGGGUGCGUCAAACCCUCAAGAAGCACGUCAAGGACCCUUGCCUGUCGAAGCAUCGGAUUCGCUUUUCCGCCUUCAAAAAUUUCCCCGCGUCAGCCGUGCGGGGCUCCGCAAGACAGAGCGUGCGCCACCGCUUCAGGACCCUGUUGCGCGUCCUGGAAAACGGGAACCCGCACCAUCGGCUAAACCUCCUGGACUGAGGAUCUUACCUGAGUCUUGCAGCAUGGCUCCCGACGGCGCAAGCAGCAUUGUACUGUCAGGCGACGGCAGCACCUCAAACAGGCUCGCCGCCACCGUCGCCGGUCAAGGCUCGGACCAGUCAGCCUAUCGACAGGGCUUCAAGGCCUACUCACGGCUUCUUGAUGAGCACAUUGAGUCGGGAUCCAAGCCACAGUACGUACUCGUCGAAGAUGUGACGCCAGAGCAAUUCGAGAGCUUCGUUGCAGAAGGCAAGAAGAUCGUCGGCGAAGAGAACUUCUUUGUCAACAACACCGGCAAGCCCGAGCCGGAUGGCCACUCGGACUACCUCAGCCUGCCUCACUUUGAAGACUUUUUCAAGAUCGACGAGCCGGAACGCUUCAUGGCCAGCGCUCACAUCCAGCCUGCUUCCGUAGAAGAGGUGGCCAGCAUCGUCAAGCUUGCGAACAAGUAUAAGCAACCGCUCCACGCCGUCUCCAUGGGUCGUAACCUCGGAUAUGGCGGGUCCGCUGUACGUCUGCGCGGGACGGCGAUUCUCGACCUCAAGAGGAUGAACAAGGUGCUUCAGAUUGACGAGGAGUCUGCCUUCUGCUUGCUCGAGCCGGGCGUUUCCUACUUUGACCUCUACGAGGAGCUCCAGAGGCGCAACUCGCAGUUGUGGGUCGACUGCCCCGACAUCGGAUGGGGAAGUGUCGUUGGCAACAUGGCCGAACGAGGCGCUGGAUACACCCCUUACGGAGAUCACUUUAUGCAACGGCGCAAUGGAAGGCAGGGGCAGGGUUAG